ACUAGUAAUAAACCACAACAUGGUAGCGACGAAUGGCAUAAACAAAGAAGAGAAAAUCAUAAAGAAGUUGAAAGAAGAAGAAGAGAAUCAAUUAAUUUAGGAAUUAAAGAAUUGGCUACAUUAAUUCCAACUCAAGAUACUAAUAAAGCACAAAUUUUACAAAGAGCUGUUGAAUAUAUAAAAAGAUUAAAGGAAAAUGAAAAUAAUAAUAUUGAAAAAUGGACUUUAGAGAAAUUAUUAACUGAACAAGCUGUUAGUGAUUUAAGUUCCUCCAAUGAAAAAUUAAAGUCUGAAUUAGAGAGAGCAUAUAAAGAGAUUGAGCAAUGGAAAUCAAUUGCGAGA